UGAAACACGAAUUAUCAGACUACAACUUCCAUGCAGCCAUGUAAACAGACGCAGAUGGAACUGAACAAAUUGCAUUUUGAAGUAGGAUAUCCAGGAGAAAUACCUUCAUUUACACAUUGUAAAUGUCUACGGCCACACCUAGGCGAAAACACCAGUUCCCGUCCGAUCACUGCAGUUAAGCGUCUGAGGGUCUCGUUAGUACUAUGGUUGGAGACAACAUGGGAAUCCGGGAUGCUGUAGGCUUUUUCUUCUUGAUUUUUUUCCUCUGGUUUUGCUGCUCUUUUUGUCUUGCGUUAUGUCAAUCGGGAUACUCUCACAUUCGUAAAAUCACCUACCAUCGUGAACUAAAUAGUUACGCAUUUUAAGAAUCAAUAUUAGUAACAAUAUUAAAAAAGAAAAUAACUGUUUGGUUAUUUUAUGACUUUUAAGUUAUUAGCGGUACUCGAGAGAUGAACCAUCGCAUGUCUCCACUGACCUGCACGUUCUUUGGAAUUCAGUAAAACUGAAAAAAUAGGUCACGAAAAAUCAGGGCCGACGUUUUCAUCCAAUUAAUCAAGAAAAAUGUCAGAUAAUCCUGUAGACUUAAUACGUUCAACACUAGAUGGAUUCGAAAUUGCACCUGAUUUAAAAACCCUGUCUAAAAUACAGGACUUGGGAGCACACAUUGAAAGAACCAGGGAAGAAAAGAUUGAUGAUUCAAGGAAUAUCUUAAAAGCGUUAUCGAGAAAACUUGAAAUAUCAUCACAAGUAACUGAAGCAUUGAAACAAGCAACCGAAUCACCAGAACAUGCAGAAGAAAUCUUACAAAAAGACAGAGAGAAGUUCCAGCUGGCUAAGCAAUUGAACGACACCGAGACAGAAAUAAUGAACUUGGAAUCUCAAUUGCAGAGAAUGAAGGAACAGAUUUUACAAUUACAAAAGGAAGAGGAAAAAGAGGAAGAUUUCCAUCAUUAUGAGGAUGAUGCUGCUCUUUUGAGACUACGAUUUUAUCACUCUUUAGGCUUUGACUUGCAAAGUUUUGAUGAUAUGGAACAGAGAAAAGUAAUAGUCUAUACAAAAAACGAUUUACGAACGGUGCAAAUAAGCAACAAGUAUACGCCUUUCUUUUAUUCAAAUUAUUUAUGGGAUUUAAUGAAUGACGAUGAGGGGAAUGAUUAAUAUAAGUUUAUUGUAUGAUCUGUUUUGAUUUCUUUAUCCGUUGCUCCACAAACCGUACUGCAGUUAUGAGCAUCGCUGGUUUAAUAUCAUAUAGCUUUGCUACCACGGAAACCACACGAGAAGAUAUACUAUCUGGGUCAGGUCGAGGUAAAAACAUGGGCAAAUAUGGUUCAUCUUUUAAAAGGAUUGACCUAAGAUUCGCUUCAUUGGUUUUCACGAGCUUAAACGAACGAGCUGUAUUGAUUAAGUGAUCGAAGUCCACAUUGAAACUAUCGGAGUUUUCUGCUUGAUUAGCAGUGUCGGUCCGUUUUGAGGGAAUUGAAAAUAAAUCAAGCAUUCCCUGUGGAAGCUGAUUUGGGUUGCCGUCAUCAAGAAAUUGCCUUAAAUACCAAUCUAUGUAACCAUCGAUUUCUCUAUCAUCUAGAUACUGUAUUGAAUAUUCGUCCAUUUCCAUAAAUGACUCUCGCUUGGUUUUUCGAAGACUCAAAACAGAUUUCAUCCACUUUUCCCAAUCAGGAAUUAUCAUGCUGUCUUCAGACUCACUAGACAAGCCUGAUGUUGGUCUGUCAAAUCCAUAUGAAAUGUUUGCUGAAACCAAUAGUGCUGCGAGAAUCAUUAACUCUGGACUUGUGGAAGUUUCUGAAGUAAAUUCUGAAUGAACAUUAGUGCUGAAUGAAGCUUCUGCUUGUCUGUGUGCUUCUCCUAAAGACAUGGGAAGAUUUAACGAGUUGAUUAGUUGGAUGACUGGAAGAAAUAAUUCUACGGGAAAAACAAAGAACUUGAUAGUAUCUAAUAAUAUCAGAGAUACGUUAAUUGGAGGAAGUUGUAUGCUAUACCUUGGAAUGAGUAUUUGAAGAAUAGUUGAAACGGCUCCCUGCAGACGAUGGGUGGAAGGAUAGUGGUAUGGAACCAGCAUACGAACGUAGUUAAUAGGAAGUCGUUUUAUGAUUUGUGGCGGAAUAACUUUAAAAGCUUUAUAGUAAGGCAAUAAGUCUGCACGAAUCCACAUUCGGAUUUGAUGAAGUGUAACGGGAAGGCGUAGCAAGAGACAAGAGAUAUAGAUAAAGGCUUGAGAAUAUAGUAAUUUCGGAUAUGAUAAGUUUUGGUCUCUGUGAAUAUUUUUGCUUGCUUCUGACGUAUUUGAAGUUUGAGUGUCUGGAUCUUCCAUAUCCAAAUCUGAGUCUGAGACCUCAAGAAGCGAUAAGUCCUUAUUCAAGGAUGCAUAACUAGAAGAAAAUGAUUCAUAUGCAAAUGAUAGAUAUAGUCCCCAUAAAUCACGGACUAAUCCCUCGAUAGUCGGAGGGAAUUUCAAGUCAGAGACUAAAGCACUACAUUGAGUUUGCAGAAUCGUUUGGUAAACCUGAAAAUACAAAUCGCGACCAGCAGCUCCGUACAGAGGCUCCUCAGAAUCAGCUGUAUCGAAUUGUUUACGAACAACCUUACGUUUUCUCGUUUGGAAGAAAGCACCUGAACCAGGUUCAUCAUCCUGUGCUAUUUCCAUUCCCUAAUUUAUAAGUAUUUCUUCAAACUACCGUUGGACUUACAUGUUGAAUGUGACCUCGCCUGCAGACUGUUUGACCUUCAUUCUUGAAAUACCAAAUGCAUUUACAGUUUCGAAUCGGGCAAGGGGGACCUUGAAACCAGUUACCAUCCAUUGUCCCAAGUCAUGAAAUUAAAAAAAUAUGUUACAAUAGGUGAACAAUUUUUCUUGAAAUAAUAUCUUUUACUUCAAUAAAAUAUCUUAGUA